GUUCGACUCAUCACUCGCAAUCACCCUGUCACUGCUUAGCGCUAAUCCACACCAUGUCCAUCCUAAGCAAGGCACCAGCUCUGAAGCCAUUCACCCUCGCGCUGGUGCAGCUGGGCCAGAUUGGCUCGAACAAGACCGAGAACCUGAAGCAUGCGCGGGACAUGGUCCUUAGAGCAGCCGCUGGCAAGGACGGCAAGAAGCCGAACCUCAUCGUCCUCCCCGAAUGCUUCAACUCUCCCUACGGCGCGCAGCACUUCCCCAUCUACGCCGAGAAGAUAGGUUACGUGCCCGGGCAGGCCUACGAUGUCUCCUCGUCCACCUCCGAAAGUGUCCAGAUGCUCUCCUCCGUCGCAAAAGAGACAGGCAGCUGGCUCAUCGGGGGCACCAUCCCCGAGAAAGCAGACGACACGUUCUACAACACCUGCACGGUGUACAGCCCGAAGGGGGAGCUGGUCGCGCUGUAUCGGAAGGUCCACCUCUUUGAUAUAGACAUACCGGGGAAGAUCACGUUUAGGGAAAGUGAUACCCUUACGGGAGGUAGCUCAUUGGGCUACUUCGAUACAGAGUUCGCACGUAUCGGCCUCGGAAUUUGCUAUGACGUCCGAUUCCCCGAACUGGCCAUGAUAAACGCGCGGAAGGGCGCACAAGUCCUAAUCUACCCCGGCGCCUUCAACCUCACGACGGGACCUCUGCAUUGGGAACUCCUGCAGCGUGCACGCGCCGUUGACCAACAGGUGUUCUUCUCUAUGUGUAGUCCCGCUCGCGACCUAUCGGCCGGGUACCACGCAUGGGGGCACUCGAUGUUGGUGGACCCGAUGGCCCGUGUCGUAGCAGAAGCAGGCGAAGGAGAGGAAAUUGUCUUUGUUGACAUAGACCCCAAAGUCUUCGACGAGUCGCGAGCUGGUAUUCCGGUCAACACCCAGCGGCGCUUUGAUGUGUACCCUGACGUAGCGGCCGGCCAAUAGGCGGUGGAAUGUAAGGCUACUGAGACGGUAUACCUGUAAGUACACAGUUGUAAAUGUAAGACUGCUUGUUGGUCGUGAAUACAACCUCGGCAAUGUGGUAUGUCCUGGAAAGGCAAUUUAUGGAUAUUCGCCGG